AUGUCCACCACCGACGGAAGUAGGCUGAGGGGCAUACGCGGGAAAAGUGGCGUUGCAGCCGCCGUCGAGGCCACUGCUGACCAGCGGCUCAAACGCGAGGGACGCACCCAAAGCGGGGCGGAGUUGCACACAACGCAGAAUCCGGCGGCAUGCUUGAACAGAACCUCAGGGGCGCCGAUUCGCAGGCGCGUGAAGACUGGCGAGAAGGGGCCUGCUGGGACUGUUUCGCACGACGGCGCACGUUUCUUCACGCCCAGUAACAAGAAGGGGGGUGAGGCGAAGGAGGGGCAGGCAUUGGCGCCUCAAGAGGCGGGAUCGCCAGAGCCCUUUGAAAACAGUGACGAUGGAAUUAACGUGCCCGAAGCUACGCGAAGGGGAGAGGUGGCAGCUCUGCAGGAGCUGCCGCUGCCGUUGCCACAGCCGCUCGCAGAGAAGGCGGCAAAUAAAAAGGAAGACAAAGACGUUGAUAGAAGAAAAGCUUGUUCUCGUCGUGGGAAAAGUUCCCUGCAAGGGUCUUCUGACAGGCACAGGCGAACCACCGCAGACACGAAAUCACCUCGUGGGGGAGGUUCCCGCCCUCCUGCAACGGCCGCGGCUCAGCCUGCUUUGGCUUACUUGCACGUUCCAAGUACUGCGUUCAGCGAUAACCCGCGGCGAGCCCCGAUGAGGGACGGCCGUAGCCAUCCAGGUAAUUCCUUUCGGCGUGAUUCCUGGCACAACACGCGGCGCGUCGAUGCAGUCGAUGAAGCAAUGAUUGUAACUGGAUUGCUGAGUUCAAAAAAAGCCUCGCAAAGUGAAUUGCGGCCUUCCAUAGCUAACGAACUAACGAGCAUAAAAAACCAUGGAGCUUCAAGCUGCCCUCGUGAUUCACUUGACUCGUUGUUCAACCCCAAGCCGCCCAGUCCAAUGCUAGUGACACUCCUUGGCUCAGGCGGUUGCCACCGACGGAAGCAUAUAAAAUUGGUGAGUUCUUACAUUCUUGGCCCGCUCCUCGGGGAAGGUGUCUUUGGGGUCGUCCGUGACGCCAUUGACACUUCCGCUAACGGUGUAUUUCCGCCGUGUUUUCAGCGUGUCGCAAUCAAGAGCUACAAGUAUUGUAGGUCGUCUGCGCCGAGGUCAUUUUACGCUUGGGACACUGCGGGGCGCUGCGGUUUCACUGCAGCCUCCUCGCAAGGUGCCGGGAAUCCGCCCAUUUCCGAAGCUCAACAACGUGAAGGUUUAAAGAUGCAUCGCAUGCUAGAAAGCGAGGUCUGUAACCUACAGCGGUUCCACUGUCGCAAUAUUAUUCGCAGCAAGGAUAUUUUUACACGUGGUGGGAAAGACUACGUCGUUCUCCCCAUCGCCGUUUGCAACCUGGACCAACUGGUGAGGGAGACUGUGCGGUAUGAGUUUCGCCAACGACACGGUUUGUCUGGUCCGGGGAACUCCCUACUUCCUGCUUCAUCAAUGCCGAGAAGCACGCGGCUGGGUAAGAGCGUGGGUUCCGAGAUGCUACUUGACGUUGCCUGCUCAAGUUACAUGAGCCUAGGUGAGAAUGAGUUGAACCUGCUGGGCUCUUCAAACUCUGAGGCCGUUGCCCCCUUUUUCUUCGCCGGCUUCAUACGGGGUAUCAUGUACCAGCUACUACAAGGAGUGGCAUACCUGCACAACCAGGGUCUUGCCCAUAAUGACCUGAAGCCGAAGAAUAUUCUCAUUUUUGCCAACGGAGAGUUGAAAAUCUCCGAUCUCGCCGGCGUCCUUGGUGAGUACAAUGAUCAAGGCACACCGAUGUAUGUGUCUCCCGAGGUCUGCAAGCAUUUCUACUGCGCCGGGGACGCAGAGGAUGAUGCAGACGUGGUUAAGGUCGAUGCACUCAAAAACGACAUGUGGAGUUGUGGGGCGAUUCUGUAUUAUCUCCUCACGGGGAUGCCACUCUGGCGACCUCACCCCGAUGUCCGCAAUAAGUACCAAUUCUACCGCGAGGUUGCCGCACAAACAUCUCCCAUCAAUCUGGACCACGUUCCUGAGCCAAGCGAAGCCGCUGCAGCGACGGCGACGAGUGAGGACCCGUUAGUGCACGCUAACCUGAAACCAGAAGACGGUACGGUGAAGGGGGCCUCACCCUCGAGUCUGCGUCACUUGCUAGGCUGUUUGCUGGAGAUUGACCCCGUCGUGCGCCUGUCGGCGAAAGAGGCUACGGAGCACCCGUCUCUACGAGCACUGUCGUUGGGAGGAAAUUCUGCCACAGAUGCAAGUGACGUGGCACAACGCGAGGUGGCCUCUUGUCUACUAGAAGCACCUCACCUUCAGGUGCUUAUUAAGAGGGGCCGGGAGGAGCAUCUGCAGUUCGUGGCGGAGUGCUGUAGUAUGCUGAGAAUUAGUCUACCCAGCGAGAUAUUCCUUCCAGAUACUGAAGAGAGUGAAUGUGCGAAUGAGCCGUUUGGGAACGCGGAUAGUCACCCAUCCCCGCCUGCCACUUCCCCUUUAUCGAGGGGAACCGUUGACAGGCAUCUAUUUCCCAGUGAGGCGGACUAUCACUACUAUCAGAACAAGUUGGGCAAACCUGAAUAUGACCUGCAGUUUCUUCUUUACUACCCUGCAAAAGUGAACAUGUUACGAAGUUAUCUGUUAGGUAGGGUGCUCGUGGAGUGCGGCUACCGCAGCGCCAAGGAGGCCGAAGCGCAACUUGCCCAAGAUCUAUUGCAUAAUCAACAGAAGCUGAUUCUUGCAGAGGGAAAGGCGUUACUGCGAGCGAAGACGGCACAAGUUCCAACCCGUGCAAGCAACCAUAAAAACAUCGAAAGUGACCACUGCUCUAAAUGCUUCUGUGGUCUCAUGUAG